AUCGAUCUAUUAAGAACAAUAUAAGUAGAUAUUUAAGAUAUUAAAAGUAAACAUUAAAAAUAUGAUAAAUAAAUAUUAAAAAUAAUGUAAGUAGACAUUAAAAAUACGAUAAGUAAAUAUUAAUCUUUAAUGGGCUGACUUAUGAUACGUCUCUAAAACAGACAAUCCCUCGGGACCUAAUUCCAAUCAUCCUUCCAAGCCCAAAAUUCCGCGUCUCCAAGUUUUCCUCUUUUAUUUUUCAACAUCAUCUUCUCUUUUCCAUUGCAAAAAUCCCUCAAUUUGAUUCAAAACCCAACAAAAUUCUUCAUUUACUCCCAUUCACAAACCAUUUCCCAUUUUACACAACAAAAAGGUUUGCAACUUUCAACAUGAUCAUGAAUCAUUAGAGAGGGAAACACAAAUUCUACAUAGGCAAACUAAGGGAUGAUGGUGGAAGAUGAUGGAGAAGAAAAAACAUCAAAUUCAACCCAAAAAACAGCAAGUGGGUCAUGUAGACAUGCAACAAGCUUCCAAAGAGAUCUAAUGGCAGGAGCAGUCAUGGGUGGUGUGGUUCACACCAUUGUUGCACCCAUUGAAAGAGCCAAGCUUUUAUUACAAACCCAAGAAAGCAAUAUUGCAAUUGUUGCCGGUAAACAUAGAAAAUUUAAGGGUAUGCUUGAUUGCAUUGUUAGUGUGGUCAAAGAAGAAGGUUUUGUCUCUCUUUGGAGGGGUAAUGGUAGUGGUGUUCUUCGGUAUUACCCUUCUGUUGCUCUCAAUUUCUCUCUUAAGGAUUUCUACCGAGAUGUACUCAAAAACGAUGAUUAUGGCCCUCCCAUCAUGACGGGUCCAGCUGCAAACUUCUUCGCCGGGGCAGCAGCUGGUUGCACGACACUAAUGAUCGUAUACCCGCUAGAUAUAGCUCACACAAGAUUAGCUGCAGACCUUGGUAAAGGCGACACUCGACAAUUCCGAGGCAUAUCCCACUUCUUGACUACCAUAUCCAAGGUAGAAGGAUUCCGGGGACUUUACCGAGGACUCCCUGCUUCUUUACAUGGAAUGGUGGUUCAUCGCGGUCUGUACUUCGGUGGGUUUGAUACUAUUAAGGAAAUCCUUACGAAAGAAGCGGUAGAGUUGGCAUUAUGGAAACGCUGGCUGGCAGCACAAGCAGUAACAACGUCUGCUGGGUUGUUGUCGUAUCCAUUUGAUACUGUUCGGAGGCGUAUGAUGAUGCAAUCUGGCAUCCAAACACUGAUGUAUAGAAAUACCCUCGAGUGUUGGAAGACUAUAUAUAGAACCGAGGGACUGUCCUCGUUUUAUCGAGGGGCAGUUUCGAACAUGUUUAGAAGUACUGGCGCGGCUGCUAUACUUGUUUUAUACGACGAAGUUAAGAAGUUUAUGCACUUGCGUAGUUCUACUUCUAACAGGAACUAAUUUGCUCUUUCUACAAUGGGUUUUAAGACUCGCUUAUAGAAUUACAAGUUUCCAAAGAUUUAACAAUUGGUUUUUUUUUUUUCUGUUAAUAAUGUAUAUUCAAAAACAAAUAUUGUUGUAUAUUUGGAAUACUUGUAGGCAGAGGGAAGGGAAAAGUUAGAAAAGAAUAAAAUUUGUAAUUUUUUUUUGAAAAGUUGUAUUUGAAUUCCAACUGAAAUAAAAUUCUAUUCUCAA